UACUUUUACACGAAUGGUUUGACUCUUCGACCACUCGUGUCAAGCCUUCCUCCUCAGCGAAGAUGCGUCGGAACCGCAAAGAACGCAACGAUCGCAUUGUCGACAGGUUUGGACACAACAACCGAUCAUAUGGUGAUCGUUAUGACAGAUACUCGUCGGCCACCGAUCGCAACCACGACCACAAGAAGUCCCAUAAGAGUCGCCGCAAUUACGAGAAGUACAGAUCCAGAAUAAAUGUUUAUACGCUUGUUAUGCAAAACAUGUAUUCGUCACACAAAUACAGUUCCCGAAGAGAUUUUAGGCAUAAGUGUCCGUCUCUGUGGUCAUCGCACGACGACGACAGUAUGACCAGUACUGGCUCGUCGAUGACCUCCUCUUCGUCGGGUCUAAUGUUGAGGUCGUGUUCCAGUUUUCUCCACAGAUUCUCCUCACGACUCAAACUACAGACUCAGACAAUCACUUCAGACGACCAAAAACAACGACUCGUCACUAACGAAGACUAUUUCGACAUACACCACGAGAACAGUCGCACUCAAGAGCCACAAGCAUUGAAGAUGACGACGACGGACACCUCAUCUACAAACAAAAUCCUGUCCACUCUGGGAGAGGGAACGUUUGGUAAAGUGGUUCGUGUACUUGAUUUAAGAAACGAACAAGUGAUGGCUUUGAAGAUAAUUAAAAACGUGAAGAAAUAUAGAGAUGCGGCUAAACUCGAGAUCAAUGUUCUCGAGAAGAUGGCCGAAAAGGAUCCCAACGGCAGAAAACUGUGCGUAAAGAUGUUGGACUGGUUCGACUAUCACGGACACAUGUGUCUCUCAUUUGAAAUGCUAGGGCUCUCUGUUUUUGACUUUAUGAAAGACAACAACUAUCAGCCCUACACCUUAGAACAGGUCCGACAUAUUGGCUAUCAAAUGGUUUAUUCCGUUAAAUUUCUUCAUGAUAACCAAUUGACACACACGGAUCUAAAGCCAGAGAAUAUAUUAUUUUUUGAUUCCGAUUACGAUGUUUUAUAUAAUAAUAAAAAAAAGAGAGACGUAAAGCGAAUAAAGAGUAGUCAUAUAAAGUUGAUAGACUUUGGUUCGGCCACUUUCGACGACGAGCACCACUCGACGAUCGUCUCCACCCGACACUAUAGGGCACCCGAAGUGAUACUAGAAUUGGGAUGGAGUCAACCGUGCGAUGUCUGGAGCAUUGGAUGUAUUUUAUUUGAAUUAUAUUUAGGAAUAACAUUAUUUCAAACGCAUGACAAUCGCGAACACCUGGCAAUGAUGGAGAGGAUUCUCGGACCCCUUCCCUAUAGGAUGUGUCGCAAAACCAAAACGAAUUACUUCUAUCACGGAAGGCUCAGUUGGGACGAGAAGUCAUCGAAUGGCCGAUACGUACGCGAGAACUGUAAGCCUUUGCACAGGUAUAUGGUGUCGGACGAAGAGGACCACCGAUUGCUGUUUGAUUUGAUAUCACGAAUGUUGGAAUACGAGCCCAACCAUAGGCUAACGCUAAAGGACUCGUUGGAGCACCAGUUCUUUCGCAAACUGCCGCUCGAAUACCGUUUACACGAAUUGGACGCCAUUGAGAGCCAGAACGAGAGGGAGAGGGGAAGCGAGGCAUCAAAAAACGACUGUCGGGAGCGCUCGCAUAAGAGCGAGUGCUCCUCAGACCUGAUCCCACAUUUCAUUUACACCUCUGGAGUCAAACACCGCUAUUACCAUCAAAUCAACGAUUUUACCCAAUUAUGUAAUCAAUUGAACGGUUGCUUUGGUUUGUUUGGUUCCGAUCAUCACUUCAAUCCUAACUCUCGACAUUCUGGUCACCAGAAUAUGGGCUCUAUUUUGCAAAACAGCUGUCUAAAGAGUAGUGAAGAGUCACUGAAGACGCGAUGUUUCGCUUGUUUUGUUCAAUUGUCGUGUAAUUUAUGCGUUAAUGAGAGCCAAAGUGUGGCACAAAUGAGUGUUGAGACGACCGGUCACUGCAUUCGCGUCACAAUCGAUGGCAAAGACAUCGCAUUCAAAGUCACACCAAAUGACCGGCGGAUCACAUGUUUGGGACCAUUGACUGCAUUUCGAUGUCAUUAUAAUACCAGUCAUUGUCUCAACAUUUGGUUCACAACAUCCGCUCAAAUGGACAUACCGCCGAAGCGGAUAAUCCCGAAGACAUCGCUUCCCGUCAACAUUGAAAUAGUAAACGAGUUUUUUUGUCACAAUCACAGCCACGACUCGGAAGAUCCGGUCAAUGAUCUCCAUCAACGCAUCCACAUGUUAAGCAUCAAUGAAGACAACACUAAUGAGACGCAAGACAUGACACGACCACCACUUCUGUCCACUUUGGAUCAAAUUAUGACAAUUAUUGACCAAAAAAUAGGCACAAAAUUUCUGUUUGAAAGCAACGAUAAAAAGUAUAGUUUAACAUCAAUUAGCGAUGCAUUUGAUGUCCAGAAGAAAGAGUUUGGACUCGAGUUUUCAAACCAGACAUCGGUUUUGUAUAAUAGUAAUGACAACGAAGUGAACGCUGAGCUCAAUAGAUAUCGGUUUUCAUUUGAUGUCCAAUGGUUUCCAAUUGAGACCAAACUAUUGAUACAUUUAUUUAAGACAUUAAUCGAUUCGACAAAAACUGUUUUGCCAUUAGAUCUCCGCUUUGAGUCCGAAAGUCAACUCUUUUUUGUCAAAGAAAUCUGCGCUCAAAACAAAUUA